UACCGUAUCCACGAUGGGUAGUUAAUGAGUAGCUGUGCAAAUAUUUCCACGGCAAAAGAGCAAAGCAGUUUAGCUGCAAUAAUAAGAUUACAAACGCGGUAAACUACAUAAUACACAAGUAACAUUAUAGAGCAGAACUUCUUCUCGUGUGAAAGACUCAUAACCUCUGAAGAGAAGGCACAUAUGAAUUAUGGAUACCGGUCAAAAGAGAGUUUAAUUUUGAAGCGUGGCUAAACGUAUGAUACAGCCUCCAUCCUGUGUAGGCCCGGUGAAUGGCUGCUGAAAGCACAUUGUCCAGGCGCGUCCGUGCAGCCGCGUGUUCUCUGGGAUUCAGCCGACCGGAGUGCCCCAUUUGGGGAACUACCUGGGGGCUCUGGAGAACUGGGUGGCGCUCCAGAACCAGCAUCCCUCAGUGCUGUACAGCAUCGUGGACCUGCACUCCAUCACCCAGCCUCAGGACCCGACCCGGCUCCGGAGCAACGUCAUGGACAUGGCGGCCAGCCUGCUGGCGUGCGGCGUCGACCCGGAGAGAGCCGUUCUCUUCCAGCAGUCUCAGGUGUCUGAACACGCAGAGCUGUCCUGGAUCCUCGGCUGUCUGACCAGCAUGCCGCGCCUCCGGCACCUGCCGCAGUGGAAGAUGAAGAGCAAACUUAAAAACGAGGGCAGCGUCGGCCUCUACACGUAUCCCGUCCUCCAGGCUGCUGAUAUUCUCCUCUACAAGUCCACUCACGUCCCGGUCGGAGAGGACCAGGUCCAGCAUCUGGAGCUGGCUCAGGACCUGGCUCGCAUCUUCAACAAUCGCUACGGCGACCUGUUCCCUGAACCUCGCGCUCUGCUCAGCUCCACACAAAAGGUCAAAUCCCUCCGUGACCCUUCUGCCAAAAUGUCCAAGUCCGACCCCCAAACCAUGGCCACCAUUACCAUCACAGACUCUGCUGAUGACAUCGCCCUGAAGAUCCGCCGCGCCGUCACCGACUUCACCUCCGAGGUCACGUUUGACCCCCAGACGCGUCCCGGCGUGUCCAACCUGGUCACGAUCCACGCCGCCGUGGCCCAGAUCACGGUGGAGGCGGCGGUGCAGCAGGCCAGAGGUUUGGAUACGGGCGGCUACAAGAAGCUGGUGAGCGACGCCGUGGUCCAGAGGCUGACUCCCAUUGGACAGGAGCUCCAGAGGCUGAGGUCUGACCCGGCUCAUCUGCAGGAAGUGCUGCUCCAGGGCACGCGCCGGGCUCGGGAGCUGGCGGCACCCGUCCUCAGAGAGGUCCAGCAGCGCGUGGGGUUCUGCUGAGAGGCAGCGAGGCUGGAAACGAACUCACUGCUGAUGCCUGAUGUUUGUCCAAAGGCUGGUCACAUUUCUGCAUCAUCCAAGGAUAUAGAGCCUAAAAACUGGACUGGAACCGGAUUCCUGGGUUGUUGGUUGAGGUUUUGUAAUAAAAUAUUUUUAUUCAACGAUAUAA